UUGGAUCGCGUCAAUCGCGUCAGCCAUCGUUUCGUGUGCGGCGCGUGCACUGAUCUGCGCGUGCUAUCAUUUUUUCGGUUGCCAAAGAAAAUAGAAAAGCUAGUCCUACUAAGGUUAGCACAAAAAGGUCUAACACUGCUGCAGUGUCUACACGAUGCCGCAGGAAUGGCGAGGAUUUAUCCGCACGCCCAGGCGUUACAAAGAGGCUGCGCGCAUCGUUGACGCCCUGAACAACUCGCCCGCAGCCUCUCUUCAGUCCUUGGUAGCGAGUUCCCGGCAGCCGAACAGGACCCAGUUGGCAGCGCUGGUGAUACGCGUAUGUCAAAAGCUGGCCAUCUUGGAAGCAGUGGUGUCACAAAGCCCACUUCUGGACGAGGGCCUGCCUAAGCCCAUAGCGUUGGUUCUGGUUCACGAAGUGCUAUUUGGUGAGCGGCCCCUCCCUCCAGGGAUGUGUGCCCGUGGUGACCAGGUUCUUGCCUGCCGGCCCCAGCUUGUGAAGGCUCUGGCAGAUGUGUCCAAGAAAGCUCUGCCGCUGUCACUGCCACGAUACGCUCGUGUCAACACUCUGCUGCUGAACACGUCUACUGUGAUACAGCAACUGGAGCAGCGGGGCUUCCGGUGGGUGCGUUACCCACGCCGACGUGGACUGGACUGGUUUUUGGAGCGAGUGCGGCACCUAGGGCCACAUGAGUUCCUCAAGGACUUUCACCUACGUGACUGGCUUGUGUUUGGCACAGGUGCCAAGCUGAACACACUGGACCUCGUGAAAAACUUGCAGCUUCUACUGCAGGAUAAGGCGUCAGGCAUGGCAGUAAUUGCCUUGGAUCCCCGGCCAGGUGCAGUGCUACUGGAUGCCUGUGCAGCUCCAGGCAUGAAGACCUCCUAUGCGGCAGCGCUUAUGAAUAACAGGGGGACAAUCUUGGCGGUGGACAGGAGCGGGGAACGGCUAGAAGCAGUGCGACACCUGGUGAGAAGUGGUGGCUUCAAGUCCAUCUGCAGCGUGUUCGAGACUGACUUCUUGGCUCUCGACCCACAUGCGGCACCUCAGUGUUCAGCCGAGCUAAUCAUGGUAGACCCAUCGUGCUCUGGUACGGGUCUCUGUGACCGACCGGGCAAACAACUGGACCCGGAGAGUGCCGAGGGCCAAGAGCGGCUGCGGCGAUUGAGCUCUGUGCAGAGCAAGCUGCUGAUGCAUGCCCUGCAUUUUCCUCGGUGCAGGCGCGUGGUCUAUUCGACUUGUUCAGUGCUCAGGCAGGAAAAUGAGGAUGUGGUGCAGAAUGUACUGGCUCGGUCUAAUGGACGUUUUGUGUUGGCCCAUGCACUGCCUGAGCUACCUUUUCGUGGGCUCGGCUCGCAGGGCAAUCACUGUGUGCGCCUUGGACUGGACAGUAUGCUCACAAGGGGCUUCUUCCUGGCUGUGUUUGAAAGAGCAGUCCAAUAAGAUUUUUUUCCAGUAGUGAUUUGCACUGGUGAGGGAGUCAUUAGUUUUUGCCUUUGAGUGUUGAAGACUCAGUCAGACCUUUUUUUCUUUUUUUACUGUAACUAGGGGUGUUACUGCAAUUCAUUUCAUGAUUCUGUAGAAUUCUCUCAAAUUCUAAGAAACAAGGAUGAGCUCUGUCCAGCUACUUCUCAAGGUAGAGUAUGACAGUAGCCAUUCAUGAAGAGAAGUUUUGGGCUGGUAUUGAGCUUUUGUUCUGUUCUUGAACUUUACAAAAGAUGACUCUUGGUUUUUGAUGAGUGGGAUAACACCACUUUACCUGUGAGUGGCGCCCAUAUGCAUACUGCAUUGCUCCAUUUUGUGUAUGUAUCCAUGUAUGUGUUAAAACUGGCAGCUUUACUGUCAGAACCAUAUUUUCUUCAAGUUUUGCUUUUUCCUUCCUUGGCUUAUGUGUGGCUUAGGUAAGCCUAUUUUUGCAUGUAAUAAAGUAAGGUAUUGUUUUCAA